AUGGAAGCUAAGCCCACGUACCAUCUCCCUCCAAACUUCUCAACCCCGCCUCCUCCUGAUGGGCCAUUCCAUCUUGGAACGGUACUACGGGAUUUCGAGAAGAAAGAACAGAUGCGACCACUUAAUCAGGAAGACUCGCAACGAAUUCCGAUUCCCAAGAAACAUGAAGACGUCAAAAAAGGUUUUACAGCAACACGGAAGAGGAUGAAAUCCGGUGAAUUUGGCUUGUGGGCCAAGUUCAUGGGCCUCAAUGGAGUUGGAGGGGAGGCCAAGAUUGCUGCAGAGCGACAUGAUUCUGACAGGUACUCAUUCGAAACCUUCGAAACACAGUUCUUUUAUCCUACCCCUGAAUACAUCUCAGAUUGCUUCAAGCUCUCAGAUGUGGAUGACUACUUGCAAGGUUCGCGAUAUAAGAAGGCCGUGUAUUUGGUCACUGGACUCAAGAUUGGCAAGGGAGUGACCGUGGGAAUGAAUAAAAAGACUAACAUGAACGGUAACCUUGAAGGGAGUGUGAGCAACCCUGGAGGGGUCAAUGCUGAGGCGGGCAUGAAGUUAAGGGGAAACUUGGAGCAUGACUCUGUCUUCACUUUCACAGAGUCAAGUGACAUCGUUAUUGGCAUCCAAUGUGUCAAAAUCUAUCAUGAGAAGUCGGGAUUCUUGGGCCUAUUUGGGGAAAGGGAGAUCAAAAGUGAAUAUGUCACUGCCGGUGCUACAUUCUAUGGCGAGAACUCCAGCAACUCCCCAGAGACAAAUGCAAAAUUUGUUGUCGUGAAGCCUGAGGAUUACGAUAUACCAGAUCUGGCUUGUUAUUCGGAGGGUGAUGAAAUUUGGAUGGUACCUAAGAUACUAGGAGCUUAG